GCCAUGCGGGAAUCAGUAUAAGCGGUCGGGUUGUAGGUGAAAGGACCUCAAUAACGAGUUCCAGCCCAAUCCGGGUUGCUAAUUAUGCCAGGCGGCGAGGGGUCCGACACCCCCUUUAAUUUACACCCUUGUGUUAAUGCUAAUGCUAAUGUUAAUGUUAAUCAAAAUGACAACGCUACCGAUCACAAUGAAGGACGUUUACAUACGGACAGUGACUCUGUCAGGAAUGAUAGCUUGUGCGCGGAUGAUAAUUAUGGUGAUAACUCGAUGACAAUUGGUGAUGGGGUAAGGAGAAGAAAGGUCAUACGGGUUGCCAAAGAAACGCUUGAUAAGGCUUCGCGGCUGCUGAGGCGAAAGAUACCCUGCACUGGUCAUCUGAUGACUCCCCGCCGCCUAUGGAUCCAAAAGGUUCCAACUCAAGUGAGUAACUAG